AUGGUCGAUACAGAGAAUCUGCGGACCGCUUCGGCGUACAUCAACAACCAGCUCCUGUCGCGAGGACUUCUGCGGGAUGGUCAGACAAUUGACUUUGCCGGCCACGGAAAGUGCGAAGACGCUUCGGUAACUGCCGGCCGAAUCAUCAGUGUCGUCAACGACUUGAUCUUACGUCGCGACCGAGAUGCCGAUCACCGCGAGUCACUGUCUGCGACGAUGCGCUCGCUGCGCGCCGAGAAUAUAAAACAUCUGAACGAUAUCUCCAAGCUCGAAGAGAAAGCCGCUGAAGCGCAGCGUAAACUCGAGAUUGCCACGUCGGCCGAAAAUGCCGCCAAGACACAGCUCAAAUCUGCGGAAUCGACGAUGCGGGGGCUCAAAGAGCAGCUGGCACGAACGAAAGCCUUGGUUGCGCAGACCCGAACAUCGUGCGCGACUGAGGUGCGCCGCCGAGACAGACAGAUCGAUACGCUGAAGAAACAGCUCGGCGAAGCGGGACGAGCCCGCGGUGCGCGCACAAACCCUGCGAUUACGACAAUUACGAUUACGGGCAAUGUCGACGAGGAACCCCCAUCGCCUACAAAGACUGGUGGUAUGAUGACGGACGAGUAUAGUUUACGCGGCGAGUCUACUGUGUCACUGGCCAAGCUUUCGCAGAAUCUGAGCGAGGAAAAUGAGGCUGUACUGGCACUCAUGUCCAAGGCUAUGGAUCAGCUGCGAGAGAUGAGCGGAUGGGAAGAAGGCAAAGGAAAUACGCAGAGAAACCAGCAGCAGAACCUGGAGGAUAUGUCUAUGGAACUUGAGUCCAUCAUGGAGCAUAUGCGCAACAUUUUGAACAACCCGUCAUUUGUUUCAAUUGAGGAAGUUGUCGCCCGCGAAGAGGAGAUCAACCGUCUGAAGGAGGGAUGGGUGAAGAUGGAGACCAGAUGGAAGGAUGCCAUGCUUCUUAUUGACGCAUGGAGAAAGAGAAUGGCUGCAGGUGGUAGUCCCAUUCGCGAGGACGAGCUCAAACAUGGAUUUCGUCUUGGGUCUGUCAGAUUGACAGGCACGACAAGUGGCAUCGGCGACUCUACUCUAGCACUACUCGAUGAAGCUCUGGAGAAAGAAGAGAAGGAGGAAUAUGGCGAGGAAGAUAUCUACGAUCAUAGCGGGGAGGAGUCUGAGCAUCUUGAUGACGAAAACGCAGCUUAUUACGGGGAGGAGAACGAGCAUCGCGGGGAAAUGGCCAACGACGAAUUGCUAGAGAAGGAGGCUCCGCAUGACGAAGCGCGACAAGAUUCGGAAUAUUCACAGGAAGAGCCCGAGAAAACGCCAGAGGAGAUGACGGAAAAGUCCUCCGAGAUACCAGCGCAGCAAAUAGAAGCUGAAGCACCUGCUAUAAACGACACUUCUCGAGAAUCAACUCCACUACCAGAGCCGCCGCAGUUGAGCCCUCUACGAAAGUCUUCCUCAGCAGGCAAUCGAGGAUCCCAGCACGCACAGCCCAUCGCCUUAUCAAGGAAAAAGCAACCGGAGACUUCAACCAGCAGCUCACUUCCAGAACCCACUCAAAGACAUCGAUCAGCAUCUGGUGCGCUCCACGUGCAGAAGCGAGGCUUUGAGCAACCUGGCCGCCGGCCGACGCGAGUUGCCAGCAAAGUUCCCGAGGCAACAUUCAAUAGACGACUACCGACAAGAGUCACUUCGCUUGAGGAAGCGCUCCUAUAUCCGCCAAAGCAGGCUAUGGAGCCCAAGUUAGAGGGACCUGUCGAGGAGCAACUGGCAACGAAAUCAGAGAAGACGACACAACCAAAGCAAGAUUCGAAGUCAGACGCGCAGUCAGAGACAAAGCUGCGAAAGGCAACGGCUCCAGCAAGUCAACGCUCGAUCAGUGGUCUAACUCCACGCAAGCCUUUCCCCAGGCCAGCAGAGCCGAUCUCACAACAGAGCCCGCUGACCAUGUCUAAUAUUGCUGCCAAGCUUGCCGCCUCUGAGGCCGAUGCACAUCGCGUACGUGCAAAAGUGCUAGCCGCGAGAAGCAGACCUAUCACUCUGAAACCCUUUGACCGUCUCAAAGACUCGCAUGGUGUAGCACACGAAGAUGGCCCAAGCUCUGGGGCUGAGACUCAAACACACGAUCACGCAGCUGCCUCUGAAACGCGAACUGAGAACGUGGAAAAUGUCGACCCAGCCAAGACUGAUCCGGAGCGUCCGGUGCGUGAGCAAGACGAUGGCCAUCUCAAGGUUCAGAAGCGCAAGCGAGAUAUUCGCAUAUCUAGCAAGAGGACAUCAAGGCGGCGAAGUACGCUGAGUCCAAUGGAGUUGGAAACUCUGAUUGCAGGGGCCGAACAAUAG